AUAUCGUUCAUCAUUUGCUCAUUUUGUAUAAUAAUAGUUAGUUCUGUUCCUACGAAUAAAUUUUGAAAAUUUAAACUUUAAAUAAUUAGUUCUGUUUUACUUUAAACACCACUUAAGUAUUAAAAACACAAUAUGUCCCUAUCAUAUGACUUCAGUGGUAAAGUCGCCCUGGUGACCGGAUCCAGUUCAGGUAUAGGUGCGGCCACUGCCAUACUAUUUGCUAAAUCGGGUGCCAAUGUUGUGGUGACGGGACGUAAUGCCACAAAAGUGUCAGAAGUGGCCAAACAGUGUCUCAAUGUGUCUCCGAAGGGAUUGAAAGCACUGGAAGUGGUGGCAGACGUUACCAGAGAUGAAGAUCUUAUAAGACUUGUGGACACAACAGUCAAAGAGUUUGGAAAAAUAGAUAUUCUGGUGAACUGUGCAGGGUCGGCAAGUGGUGCUGCAGUUAUCAGCGACACCAGUUAUAUAGAUAAUUUCAGACAAGUCUUAAAAACAAAUCUGGAUUCGUAUGUAUUUCUGUCGCAUAUUUGUGUCAAACAUUUGGAGAAAACUAAAGGAAAUAUUGUCAACAUUUCGAGCGUCCGAAGUACUCAAACAGCUCCUUUAAUGUCUGCAUAUUGUAUGUCAAAGUCAGCGCUGGAUAUGUUCACCAAAUGUAUUGCCGUAGAGUUGGGACACAAAGGCAUUCGUGUUAAUAGUGUUAAUCCCGGUGCUACAAAAACCAAUUUACCGCAAGCAACCGGUGUUUCGGACGGUGAUGCCCAGGCUUUUUAUGAUGCAUUUGCCAGACUAUACCCCGUGGGCCGGUAUGCUGUGGGGGAGGACAUCGCAAACGCUGUGCUAUAUUUGGCAUCAAAUGAGAGUUCAUUCAUAACGGGAAGUGUUUUGGUGGCCGAUGGCGGACAUCUCGCCGCAAACGUGGGGUCCGAGCCCUAUAAGGACCUCAAAUAA